CGCGCCAUCAGAAGCUAACGCCAUGGAUGUCCUGGUUCCAUUGCUGCAGCUGCUGGUGCUGCUCCUGACUCUGCCUUUACACCUGCUGGCUCUGCUGGGCUGCUGGCAGCCCAUAUGCAAAACCUACUUCCCCUACCUAAUGGCCACACUAACAGCCAGGUCCUACAAAAAGAUGGAGAGCAAGAAGCGAGAACUAUUUAGCCAGAUAAAAGAUCUUAAGGGGACCUCCAACGAAGUGACCCUGCUGGAGCUGGGCUGUGGCACCGGUGCCAACUUCCAGUUCUACCCGCCUGGCUGCAAGGUCACCUGUGUGGACCCAAACCCCAACUUUGAGAAGUUUCUGACCAAGAGCAUGGCUGAGAACAGGCACCUCCAAUAUGAGCGCUUCAUUGUGGCAUACGGAGAAAACAUGAAACAGCUGGCUGACAGUUCCAUGGAUGUGGUGGUCUGUACCCUGGUGCUGUGUUCUGUGCAGAGCCCCAGAAAAGUCCUUCAGGAAGUCCAGAGAGUCCUGAAGCCGGGAGGCCUGCUGUUCUUCUGGGAGCAUGUGUCUGAGCCUCAGGGAAGCCAGGCCCUCCUGUGGCAGCGAGUUUUAGAACCUACCUGGAAACACAUCGGAGAUGGCUGCCACCUCACCAGAGAGACCUGGAAAGACAUUGAGAAGGCACAGUUCUCUGAAGUCCAACUGGAAUGGCAGCCCCCUCCCUUCAAGUGGUUACCUGUUGGGCCCCACAUCAUGGGGAAAGCUGUGAAAUAACUCUCCCCCAAGAAGGCCAUCUGAUCUCCCCAUCUGCAGCCAGAAGCCACCCCAGUACUUCUAAGGAGGGGUCAGGUAAAGCAGAGACUCUCAGCACCGCUGCCACGGCCGGGGUGAUCAUUAAUCAGCUUCAGCCUUUCUCCACAGUGAGGCUUUCUUCCUGCUCUCUUGAGGCAGAAAACUAGACUGCAAGGCCCUGGACUUACCCAACCCAACCCUUCUAGGACCCCUAUUCAUUCAUUUAUUCAUUCUCUCUCUCUCUCUCUCUCUCUCUCUCUCUCUCUCUCUCUCUCUCUCUCUCUCGCCCUUGUGUGUCCUUCCAGCCAUGCCCCGUGUCUCACAGCAUUGUAACGUUCUCCCUGGUGCCCCCUUGGCAUGUAUCCCUUGCUUGGCCACCUCAGCCUCCCUCCCCACCAUACACUCUAUCCUGAACUACAGAGGAACAGAGAGCAGACAAACGUCAGAAUGAGAGCAGCACUCAAUAAAGCAGCCAGAGUUCUUAUUGUCAAA